AUGACGACCGAAUUGCUCCCGCCGCCCUCGCCGCGAACGCAUCGUCUCCGUAAACUGCAGUCGGCGCACAACCUGGGGUCCAAGGCCGCCCUCCAACUGCAGCCCCAGCAUCAGCCCUCAUUGAUUGCGCAACAGCGCUUGACGCAGCGGAAUAUUUCUCCGACGCGCCGAGAUCCGAGUGCCUCUUCCACAAUGGUUCGACACACUCGAGGACGAUCCAACAGCGAUGCGCCGGCUCCGGUGGCCCAUCACAUGACUGCCAUGGCCUCCAGCAAGCGUAGCAUGAUGGGCAUUAAUCCGAAGUAUGCCACCAUGUCUCUUCAGCAACUCAUAAAAGAGGGUCCGCCCAACGGAGAUACUGUUGAAGCCCUGGGCAUGGCUCGCCGCAAGGUUCUGAGCGAGGGCAUCAAAAGCGACAGCGACGGCAUGUCAACUUUGCGCAUUUAUGUCUGGCUGAUCCUGCUGGACACUCCCAUCCUUCCCACCGACGACUACCUUGGUCUCAUCCACCGCGGUGCCUCUCCGGCCUACUCCAAGAUUCGUAAUGACACAUUUCGCACUCUCACGACCGAUCCUCUCUUCAGACGACGUGUCAGCGAAGCCAGUUUGAUCCGCCUUCUCAAUGCUGUGGCAUGGCGUCUACAUGAUUCGCGCGAGGAGCAGCGGAGAGAACGGCCGAGCACCGGCAGGAGUUCUAUAUCGCAGGACAGCUCGACAUCCACAGCAACCGCCCACUCGCAGAACCCGGCCUCGUCGCCGAGCGCCAGGAACCGAGCAAGAGCUCUGACAUUGACAACGGAAGGCUCCGAAACCAGUCAUGCAGGGGAGCCGGGGACAUACGUUCAAGGGAUGAACGUCCUAGCCGCGCCUUUUCUAUACGCGGCAAGGAGCGAGUCUGAGGCCUUCAUCGCCUUCUAUACCCUGCUCACACGUGAGUGUCCCGGCUACAUACGCGGCGCUAUGGACGGUGUGCAUAAGGGUCUGGCUUUGGUCGACAAGGUUCUCGCAACCGUCGACUCAAAGCUUAGCGGCUAUCUCCACUCCAAGGGCCUAACGGCUGAGAUUUACGCCUUCCCCUCGGUCCUGACCUUGUGUGCUUGCACCCCGCCGUUGCCCGAGGUGCUUCGCUUGUGGGACUUUCUCUUCGCCUACGGACCACACCUAAACAUUCUUUGUAUUGUGGCCCAGCUGAUGGGCAUGCGGGAUCACCCCAACAAGCUGCUCCGUUCAUUCCCUUCGCUGCAGGCCGAUAAGGUCAUUGAGCGCACUCUCUGGAUUGUAGAGAGAAUACCGGAUGACACUUAUGCGGCCAUUGUUGCCCAUGCCCACUGA